AAUUAGUCACUCAAAGCAGCACUCCCACUGGCUUUCUCUGCUUCUUUCUUUAUCCAAGAAACCAUUCCUUACCAUCUUGUUCAGUGGAGUAUAUGAUUUUAAGUUGCUGUCAGGAUUCAGUCGAAUGGAGGCUGGCAGGACUUUGCUUUCUUCAUCUCCAUCUUUUCCUACAAGAACCCACCUCAAGAAUUCUCUCUGUUCUUCAGUUCUGAUACUUCGGGAACAAGCAACUCCUGCUGUUACUGCUAUUCCAACCACUUCUACAGCUCAACAUUUUCCUACUUCAGUUCUUUUACAAGAGCAGCGUGACGAGUUUAGGCCUCUACAGAACAUAUUCAAGGAAGAUAGACCUUCUCAGGCAACAUUGGAUAGGAGGAAGACAGAGAUUGGGACAUCAGGCCAUGAAGGGAAGGACUCUGAUGAGAUUGGGACAUCCGGCCAUGAAGGGAAGGACUCUGAUGAGUUAGACCAGAUGGUAGAAAACUUUGAGUACCAGUUGCAUCAUUGGCCUACUUAUUGGAAUCUAUUGCCACCUUCACAAAAAGGGCAAAAUCCAUCCAUGUCCUUCACCACGCAGUCUGUUACAAGAAGUACUGACAAGCUAAUUGAUGUGGAACCCACUGAUGUUAUUAAUCUCGCUAAGAGAGCUUUGUCAGCCUCAAAACAUGCAGCUUUUCUUGCUGAUAACUCCACCGAUCUUGAUAAUCUGGCUUCCACUAGUUCAUCAAGUUUUUCGCUUGAGGAGGUGAGAAUUGUAAGGUCAAGACGGCAUUUAGCGAGGCAGUCUCUAAAUCGAAGGGUGCCGAAAACAAAAGAUAUGAUUUUCGAGACCUAUGAUUCUAAAAGUGCUGAUGUACAGAAAAGGCUAAGCCAAGGAUUUGAUCCAAAUGAUCCCCUUAGAUUGUUCCUGUGGGGUCCUGAAACAAAGCAACUUUUGACUGCUAAAGAGGAGUUUGAACUGAUUGCUCAAAUACAGGAUUUAAUGAAUUUGGAGGGGGUGAAGAAUAGGCUUGAAUCUCAGUUUGGCCGUGAACCAACCUUGGUUGAAUGGGCUCAAGCUGUUGGUCUUAGUUGUUCUGUUUUAAAGUUACAACUUCACUCUGGUAACCGCAGCCGGGAGAAGCUGAUCAAUGCAAACUUACGGAUGGUGGUUCACAUAGCUAAACGUUAUCAAAACCGUGGUCUUGGCCUUCAGGAUUUACUGCAGGAGGGAACCGUGGGUCUUAUGAAGAGCAUUGAGAAAUUCAAACCGCAAGCUGGUUGCCGAUUUGCCACUUAUGCUUACUGGUGGAUAAGACAAACUAUUACAAAGGCUAUAUUUCAACAUUCCAGGACAAUUCGUUUACCGGAGAAUGUCUAUGGCCUCUUAGGAAAGGUGAUGGAAGCAAAGAGGUCAUAUAUUCAGGAAGGAAAUCAUCAACCAACCACAGAAGAAAUAGCAAGACGUGUUGGAAUAGCUAUUGACAAAUUGGAAAAGUUGCUAUGUUUUACGAGAACACCACUUUCGAUGCAACAGACUGUGUGGUCUGACCAAAAUACUACUUUUCAAGAGAUAACUGCUGACACAGAAAUCGAGAUACCAGAUGUGAGUGUGGCAAAGCAACUGAUGAGAAAACAUAUUCGUGGGCUCCUAAAUAUUCUCAGCUUAAAAGAGAGACGGAUAAUCAGGUUAAGGUUUGGCAUUGAGGAUGGAAAACAGAAAUCACUUUCUGAGAUUGGCAAUGUGUUUGGGUUGUCUAAAGAGAGGGUACGGCAAUUGGAGAGCCGUGCACUGUACAAGCUUAAGCAGUGUGUUGGCAGCCAUGGCCUCGAUGCUUAUGCAGAUUUACUUAGAUGAAAGUCAUUAAGGCACGCCAUUUAAAUGGAUGUCAUGUCGGCGUGAAAUGGUUUUCCAGAGCUAUAAGUUUAGACUUCCAGUUUUCGGUAGGUGGAGAUCAUGCAUUUUUAUGGGCACAGUUCAAGUUUUUGAUGCUUCAAUGUUCUAAUAUUGCUGUACAGAAAAGAAUAAUCCUUGUUCUUUAAAUCACCCGUAUCUCUGUCCAUAGUGGUCAAUAAUUGCUUCAUAAUACUUUGGAAGUGGUGAAUGAUUGCUCGUUA